AUCAAGUACGGCCCUAUUAAUUCUGGCCCUAUGAGUGUACUGCAUGCUAUCCUUACUCAUGACAACCCUAAUCUAUGCAAAACUCAGCCAGAAGAACAUGACUGUAUUCAUACUAUAAAUACACAUACCUCCCCACGCUUAGACCUCAUGGAUACCCCUCAGCCAGGUUCUGAUGAUGUGUUUGUGGAUGGAUCUUGUUUCCGACCUGUUGACG